UCUAGAAAAAAAAUUGUAGAAAAAAAAAAUGCAUGCCUCACCCGAGAGAAGUCUGUUUUCACCAGAAGUUCCAAUUGUAACAUUUUAAUUAAACCUAAUGAAGAAUUAAGGAAAGAAAGUAGAUUUUCAUUUCACGCCUACUUUAAGUCCCGUUAAUGUGAACAGCUGGAAGAGUCAUGGAAAGUAAUUGGUCUAAAUUGUGGACAUAUCAUGGAUCCAUCAGAGUCCAGGGAAGCAUUCGUUUAGUUUGAUUACAGAGUAAUGUCGAGCAUGUGUGUGUGUUUGUGUGAAGGUGCUGGCAGUUUGUCUGGAAUAACUGCAGUGGUUCGGCUCAUAGGAAAAGAGGGAGUGUCUACGACAAGCCAAUACACACGCAUGCCAUUCCCUUGGAUCAGAGCAGCUCAUACCAGACAUGUCUCUCCAGAAUUACCAUUAUUGCACUGUCCGUUCUUCACUUACAACACUCAUUACACCCUCUUGAAUUGGAUGAAAGCAAUCUUAUCUCCAAGGGAAAUCGGUUCCCGGCGUCUGGCAAAACGGUACCAGCACGGCCUCUUGAUGUCAGUGUAGAUGUCUUGAGUUCCUAUGAAAAGUGAUGAGCGUCUGGGAGUGUGGGUUGCUGAUAUUCGAGCCUGAGAAUCGGGUGGAGGAGUUCAGAGAAUGACUGCAGACAAAGGUGUAGAGUGGCACUAGAGUCGUCGCUGCCGCAGAAGAGCAUUGUGGAGAUGUGGUGUCAGGAGGACUACAAUGAAAACUAGAGGAGGGGCUAAAAAGACAAAUCCUGAACUCCGUGUGUCAUUGGUCUGCCAGAUUUCCCCCCGGUGUGAAGGAAGUAUCACCAGGGAAACUUGUAGUCGCUACACUAACAUGCAUGUGCUCGGCUCUUCGUUAUUUUUAAACACCCGUCGCUUCCUGCGCUGAGCGAGGAUCCAGGCAGAAGCAUCCCUUGGAACGACUGUAGAACUUUUUCCUGGCUUGAACCUCUCGAAAAGCCUUUCAGUAAUGUUCUCGUCUUCUCUUCCACAGUUACAUUGCAAAGCCUUUGCAAAGAUGGGGGACGACAAGCCUUUUGUGUGCAAUGCUCCUGGCUGUGGGCAGAGGUUUACUAAUGAGGACCACCUGGCUGUCCAUAAACACAAACAUGAAAUGACGCUGAAGUUUGGACCCGCUAGAACUGACUCAGUCAUCAUUGCAGACCAGACGCCGACUCCCACUCGUUUCCUGAAAAACUGUGAAGAGGUGGGCCUGUUCAAUGAGCUGGCCAGCUCGUUCGAGCAGGAGUUCCCCAAGGGCCAUGAAGAUGAGGACAAGAGGGCCAAGAACCCGUUGCCUGCUCCUAAUUCAGGAGCACUUGACAUGAGUUUGCAGACGCCUUCAGACAUUAAGGUGAAGGAGGAAGACCCUGUGGAGGUGGACUCUUCUCCGCCUGCCAGCCCUGACUCCAUCUCCAGCAUGUCAGAUAGCAGCAAAGAGCCUGUAAGCAGAGGAAAGGAUUCUCCUCAAAAGCCUGCCGUCAGUUCGGCUCCCACCCCUGCAAUAGUGCGUCCUGGCUCCCUCCCACUGCACCUGGGUUAUGACGGCCUGCACCCCACCAUGCCCUCCCCUACCUCUGUCAUCACACACACCCCGCCAUCCAACCGCACACUGGGAUCUCCCACAGUGCCGUACCCAAUGAUGAUGCUUCCAAAUGGUCAAACAGUUCCUGUGCUUCCAGGUCCUAUGCAGAUGCCCUCUGUAAUAUCUCUGGCGAGGCCCCUGUGUAUGGUGCCCAACAUUCCAGGAAUUCCCGGACCUCCACUAGGAGGCAGCAGCAGCGGCUCGUCUUCACCCUCUGGUUAUAACCCCCACAAUGAGGCAAAGAUGAGGUUGAAGGCAGCAUUAUCUCAGCAGACACCCGCAGCUCAGGGUUGUCUUGGUGUGGCGAUGGGGUCCAGUGCGAUGGUCCCUCAGAGGGUGGAGCAAAGCCAGCUGCUGGUCCAGCAUCCAGAUGCCCCAUCCCCUGCUCAGCCACAGGUGUCACCCGCUCAACCCACCGGAGGUCGCAGGCGGAGGACGGCUGAUGACGACCCUGAUGAGAGGAGGCAACGCUUCCUGGAGAGGAACCGAGCGGCAGCUUCUCGUUGCAGGCAGAAACGCAAGCUGUGGGUCAACUCUCUGGAGAAGAAGGCUGAGGAGCUCACCUCUAUCAACGUCUCGCUGUCGAAUGAGGUGUCCCAUCUACGAAACGAAGUUGCUCAUCUGAAGCAGUUGCUGUUAGCCCAUAAAGACUGUCCCGUCACCAACCUCCAAAAGAAAGCCGCCUAUUUGGGAGAGGAGCACAUGAAAGAGACGUCGGAGCCCACGGGCUCCCCGGCACCGGUCAUUCAGCACAGCUCUCUGGCCCCCAGCCCCUCGUCCGCAGUAGGGCCCAACGGCCUGAACUCCCGCGCCGCGGCUGAGGCGGUGGCCAUGUCGGUGUUGGCGGGGAUGGGCAGUCAGCGCGGGGAGAGCGGCGGGCCGUCACAUGUCAUCAUGGCUACACAGUCCCACCCAUCCAGCAGAUGAUGAGAGCAGGUAACAAUCUGCCAGGGACUCUCCGCAUCCCGGGAGAGGGGCAGAUCUGCGAGAGGAGAACGCACUCUGUUCCCGUUCUUCAGUCUGGUUCCCUCUCAUGCCGUCACGCUCUGGCCUGGAGCUCAGCUGCAUACUGGGAAUGAAACUGGGACUGUGUAUACACAUAUAGAGAGAGACAGAAGGAGAUUGUCGUUCACUAUGCCAUAGACUACGGGGGCUGGACUCCAAUCCCAUGCUCUCAUUUGCAUCCUCUGUAACUCCUGCUCCUUCCUUCAACUUUCUCCUGCUCCUCCACUGGCUGUAGGACUGCAAAGCACUUCCUGCCAUUAAACGUAUCGCCACAGACACACGCUGCAAUAAAGACAUGGUUUGAACCGUGCACUCGGUGCAUGUGUAUGUCACACAUGCAGGCUGCGUCUCAAAAUUACGAAGAUGCAAUACUUUAUAUAUUCUUAUAUAUAUAUAUAUGUAUUAGUAAGUGUGUGUGUUUGAGAGAAACAUGAUGCUUUAAUGUUCCGUAGGAUCCUGUACCUUGCUAUUUUAGAGCAGGUUAUUUAGUUUUCAGGUGGCCAUCCCCCUCGCUCAUCUUACCUCAUUUUUAACCUGUUAUAUACAUUUAUAAUCGCCGUGUGCAUGUGUGCUUCUCGUGUGGGUGUACAGUGAUGUACAAUGGAAAAUAGCAGUUUGUGAAGGACUGAUACACUAAGACUGCCUUGUUAGCAUGCAAACUUUUUGCUAUAUAUAAACUGUAUUGUAUUGGCACAUUGCGUUCAGUUUGGGCCUUAGAACCUCAUAGUUGUCGUUUGUUUGGUCCUAUCGUUAUUUUCUCGUGUACGACAAACUCAGAAACCGCAAACAGCAUACUGUCCGAGGGUUAUGGAUGAUUCGUUUUAAUCAGGACCCUUGACGCCCGGUCAGUCGUCUUGAUGUAUUGACUGUUUUAAAUUAUGCCUUUUCAUUUCCCUGUGAUCACGAUGUUUCAAAUGCAACUUUAGAUUGACUUAAGUUGGUCAUUAUGAGUUACUAAGGCUCCUAGAGAAGUCUGAGAUGUUUUUUGCCCUGUCUUUAAGUUUUUUUUUAGUUUGUUAGUUCACUUUUACAACUCAUGAGAUGAACCCUGCUGUUGUGUUCUUUAUGGAAUCCUAUUUCUGCUACUUAAGAGAGGGGAAAAAAUGCUUUGGUAAAUAAUUAUUAAAAAUAAGAAGUGUGUAUUAUUAGAUACUAAGUCAUUAUGAUAAAACAUCGAAACUAUGACAUACUAAGUAUGACAAAAAUAUGAUAUACAUAAUUAUGAGAUAAAAAAGUCAAAUGGAGUAUAAAAGUCAUAAUCAAGCCAUAAAAAAUACAAAGUACAUAAGUGGAACUUGUGACAGAAAUUCAAAAUUGAGUUUGUUUUAAUUCAUAAUUUAAAAAAAAUUAAAUUUGAGGAAAAAAAUGUAAAGAAAAAUUAUCUCAUAAUUAUGACUUUGUAUUUCAUAAAAAUUCAUAAGAUCAAAGUAAAAAUUGAACAAA